AUGGACCAGUACUCUAGGUGGGCGGGGCUUGGCUUCGGACAGCGGGGGGAGUUGGACUGGCAAACAGUACUAAGCGAGGCGCAGCAAGUAGUUGGCUACCCCACCUCCUUCCUCAACCUGCGAUGGCUUCUUAACGACGAGAUCGCCAACACGGCGCACCACCUCAGAAAGCUGGUGGGGACCAACCACCCGCUUCUGAAAUCAGCCAAGAACCUGCUCAUCGGCUCGAAAAGCGACCUGCAAUCGGUGGGGCUCAUCGUACUCCUGGUCUCCAAGGCAGCGGGCUUCAAUGCUCUGGAGUUUACCAGGGACCAAUAUGACUCUGGAGUGCUUCACGCUCAGAGAGGUUUAGCAGAAAUCGUUGAGAUGAAGAGGACAGGCCACAUGAUCCACAAGACGAUGGUCAAUCUCAAAGAGAAGGAGAAGCAUGGAGACAAGUACAAGGACUUGCUGUACGGGAACAAAAUUGUUUUAUUGAGCGGGGAUUAUCUGCUGGCGACCUGUCUUCAUCAGCUGGGCAUACUUCGCAACAAUGCGGUCACCGAGCUGAUCUCCACGGGCCUUCGGGACCUGGUCGAGGGCGACUUCUACGGGGAACACGACGCGGACAAUAAUCCGAUACCGACCAAGCCGAAAGGUCACAACGAUAUCAAAGCUCAUUAUCACUGGGAGACAGAGGACAAUCUUGGCAAAUUGGGCUCCAACGAGUUUCUUGGUCAAGGCAAAGACGAGUGGAUUCUCCGUACCAUGCUGACUUCCGGCAGCAUCCUGGGCAAAGGCUGCCAGGCCGCCAUGAAGCUGGCCAGGCGGGGGGAACAUCUAGAAAGGGACGCCUAUGUCCUGGGCGGACAUUUAGCGUUACUUUGGCAGCUGCAUUUGGAUGUGAAAGACUUCUUCACUCACCCAUACUCUUACUCAUUAGUCGGAUCGCCCGUAACUUUGGCUAUGUGGGAGUACCCGAGCUUAUAUGCCCAUAUUUUGAGUGCUAAGCUGGAGAAAUCGCCGGUAGAGUACAAGCAGCUUUAUUACUCUGUGCAAGCGACGAGGGCGAUGGAAUACCUGUCGGAUUUUAUUGAUGACGAGUUGGGAGCGGUUCUGAAGUAUAGCGAGAGGUUUCCAGUGGAAGACGCUCGGUUGGCCAUACAGAGGAUGGCGUUGACCAUACAUGGAGAAGCGAUACAGUAUAUUGAGAAGUGA